UUUACUUAACAUGAUACAUAAUCAGUUCAGACAUGGCUAUAAUCAAUAACAACGUGUCCCAUUCUAGCAAAGUUAAACUUAAGAUGUAUAUUUAUUUAAUUUGUUUAGUAAAAAAUUAACAAAAAGGAAAAAAAAAACAAAAUGAAUUCAAUAAGGAAGUGGUUAUAUAGACCAAAGCGAGAAGAUCCUUCCAAAUUAGUUCAGUUCUAUUAUGCAGACGAAGAACUUAAUUUAGUAGCAACAGAAUUAGAUAGUUUUGAUGGUCACAAGGAUCCAGACAGGUGUUCAGCUCUUGUUAAUCAACUGCGUUUAUGUCAAGAUAAAGUACUGAACAUAUGCAAUGAAAUUAUGGAUGAAGCUAUUCCAACACUAAGAGCAAAUAGGGAUUACAGAGUGAAAUUUCCUGAUGAAAUGCUUCAUGAAAAUCUUGCUGGUCAGCUAUGGUUUGGUGCUGAAUGUUUGGCAGCUGGUUCGAAUGUAGCUAACAGAGAAGAAGAUAGUGAAGAAAUUCGUCCUCUUGCAAAAGCAGUCACUAAAUCAUUAGAUGAUGUUCGAAAUCUUCUUAGAGAUCAAUGCUUACGAAAUUCUCAAAUUUAUUCAGACAAACUUAAAGAGUCUUUGGAAAUAUUUGACAGGCUGUUUGCAGAGUUUGAAUUAAGAUACGUUCGCAUUAUGGUUCCAAUUAAAACUUUGAAAGAAUGUCAUCUUCAACAAGAAAUUAUUGUUUUAUUUUCUGAAACACUUCAAAGAGCAUUAAGAAUUAAUCUUUUCACACAAGAUAUGGUAGAUGAUUGUGAUCCCUCCCUCAUGUUUACUGUUCCAAGAUUAGCUAUUGUAUGUGGCUUAAUAAUAUAUUCUGAUGGACCAUUAAAUGUUGAUAAUGGUUGCUCACAAAUGUCUUAUUUGUUCAAGCCUUUUUAUUGUACACUUUAUGAAAUAAGAGAAUUGCUUUGGACACUUUCACCUGAAGAACUUAGCAUUUUGGAAAGAACAUUAUGUAGCACAGAUGAUUUUCAUACUGUUAAAACUGAAUGUGCAAUUGCAAGUGAUUAUCCUGGUAAUAAAUUUCAAAAUUAUGUAAAUCUCUUUCUUCAAAAUCAUCAAAAUUGUCAACAGUUUAUUUUGGAUUUUUAUGGUUGUCAUGUAAAUACCGCACAAAACAAUCAGAAUUUAGUUGAUUCCAGCAAUACUACUAAAACUUGGCAGACCGAAGAAGAAAAUACAAGAGACAAAAACUGUUUUUCAACAAAUAAUUCAACAUUGGAUAAUUAUAAUAGUGAUUUGCAUUCAACAAUAACUUUUGGUUGCUCAGAUAAUGAACAAAACUUUGUUAAUUCAGAUAUUCCAAAUUAUUCUCAUGUGACGUUUACUGAAACCAGUAAUACUGCUCAAUGUAUAUAUAGUGAGAAUUAUUGCAAUAACAAGACUGACACUUUGUCAAAACUUGAAAAUAGUUUUUCUACUACUUGUACUGAUUCCAAUUCAAAUGAUCAAUUUUGCAAUGAGACAAAUCAUAUUCCUGAAGUAAAUGAAAACAUUACAUGGUCGUCUUCAGAUGUUCAAUAUUGUGAGAGAGAUGAUCAGCUCAAUAAUUUAUAUGCAUCAUCAUUAUCCAAGGAUGUUCCACCUUACUUUGAUACAAAUGCUCAAUCAAGGAAAAAUGAAUAUGAAAAUUACAAUCUAAAUGAUAAAAAUUGCAAACUUAAGAAAGAAAUCAGUAGACAAGAAAAUAAUCCAAGUUCCAGUAAAACAAUAGUAGCAUCUGUUUCUUCACAGACUGAUGACUCUCUGAAUAAUACUUCAAGUAAAUUAGAAAGAGAAGAAUUGCUUUGGACACUUUCACCUGAAGAACUUAGCAUUUUGGAAAGAACAUUAUGUAGCACAGAUGAUUUUCAUACUGUUAAAACUGAAUGUGCAAUUGCAAGUGAUUAUCCUGGUAAUAAAUUUCAAAAUUAUGUAAAUCUCUUUCUUCAAAAUCAUCAAAAUUGUCAACAGUUUAUUUUGGAUUUUUAUGGUUGUCAUGUAAAUACCGCACAAAACAAUCAGAAUUUAGUUGAUUCCAGCAAUACUACUAAAACUUGGCAGACCGAAGAAGAAAAUACAAGAGACAAAAACUGUUUUUCAACAAAUAAUUCAACAUUGGAUAAUUAUAAUAGUGAUUUGCAUUCAACAAUAACUUUUGGUUGCUCAGAUAAUGAACAAAACUUUGUUAAUUCAGAUAUUCCAAAUUAUUCUCAUGUGACGUUUACUGAAACCAGUAAUACUGCUCAAUGUAUAUAUAGUGAGAAUUAUUGCAAUAACAAGACUGACACUUUGUCAAAACUUGAAAAUAGUUUUUCUACUACUUGUACUGAUUCCAAUUCAAAUGAUCAAUUUUGCAAUGAGACAAAUCAUAUUCCUGAAGUAAAUGAAAACAUUACAUGGUCGUCUUCAGAUGUUCAAUAUUGUGAGAGAGAUGAUCAGCUCAAUAAUUUAUAUGCAUCAUCAUUAUCCAAGGAUGUUCCACCUUACUUUGAUACAAAUGCUCAAUCAAGGAAAAAUGAAUAUGAAAAUUACAAUCUAAAUGAUAAAAAUUGCAAACUUAAGAAAGAAAUCAGUAGACAAGAAAAUAAUCCAAGUUCCAGUAAAACAAUAGUAGCAUCUGUUUCUUCACAGACUGAUGACUCUCUGAAUAAUACUUCAAGUAAAUUAGAAAGAGAAACUGAAGACAGGUAUAACAUAAUGGGUUAUUUGGAAGAUGAAGCAAUUGCACUUGCAUUACAAACAGCAGAAAUAGCAUCUCGUAAUGAAGUACGAUCAAAUUACAGUACAAGUGAAGAACUGAUUCACAAGUUAUUUGUAGCUAUUUCAGAAGUGGCUGAUCAAUUGCAGACAAACUGUGCAAGUGAUCUUAGAAGUAUAUUGAAAUCAGUGUUUGAUAUGAAUUCAUCUCAUUCAAAUUCAAUAAAAGAACCAACAAUUACUUUUGAAGAAAACAUUUCAGAAGAAAUUUUGCCAAAUAAUGAAAGUGAAAGAGAAAUUCAAAGAACUGAGGAAAUACCAGAAACAUCUGCUGUUAGUGUAUCAACUUCAGAAGAUGAUAGAUUGUCAGUUGAUAGUGCUGAGGAAGCUGUACCUGGAUUAAUUUUACAAGAAAAUCAACAAAAUGAUUUACUUUCAGAUUUACAAAUUAGACAGAGAACAGAUAACUCAGAAGAUCCUCCAAGAUGGGUGCCAGAUGAAGUUACAAAGUGUUGUAUGGCUUGUAAUGCCCACUUCACUUUAUUGCGUCGUCGUCAUCAUUGCAGGAAUUGUGGUAAAGUAAGUUUGUUAUUUACUUCUCGUCAAUAG